AAGGGAACACAAAUCCACCCACAGUGUGUAAGUGAGAAGCCACAACAACAUGAGCUAGGAGAGGCUUCUCAAGAAGAUCCUGCUUACUCAAAAAAUCUUUCUUCUUCUUUUCUUUUGUUUUCUCUUUUUAAUUGAGAAGCUAAGUGUUUGUCAUUUUUAAAUUUCUUAUUUUAUUUAAAGGGAAACCAGUGCCUUGAAAAUGAGACUAAAUAUUGCCAUCUUCUUUGGGGCUCUCUUUGGUGCUUUGGGGGUUUUACUCUUUUUGGUGGCCUUUGGAUCGGAUUAUUGGCUUCUUGCAACUGAAGUGGGGAAGUGUUCAGGUGAACAGAAUAUAGAGAACAUCACUUUCCACCAUGAAGGAUUCUUCUGGAGAUGUUGGUUUAAUGGGAUUGUGGAAGAGAAUGAUUCCAGUAUCUGGAAGUUCUGGUACACCAAUCAGCCAGCAUCCAAGAACUGCGCACAUGCUUACCUGUCGCCAUAUCCCUUUAUGAGGGGAGAACACAACUCAACCUCCUAUGAUUCUGCUAUUAUUUACCGUGGUUUCUGGGCAGUCCUGAUGCUUCUGGGGGUCGUCACCGUGGUGACUGCAAGCUUUCUGAUCAUCUGUGCAGCUCCCUUUGCAAGCCACGUUCUCUAUAAAGCCGGUGGAGGUGGUUACCUUGCUGCAGGCAUCCUGUUUUCCCUGGUGGUGAUGCUAUAUGUCAUCUGGAUCCAGGCAGUGGCUGACAUGGAAGACUACAAAAACAUGAAAAUGAGAGACUGCUUGGAGUUCACCCCUUCUGUUGUCUAUGGCUGGUCAUUUUUCCUGGCCCCGGCAGGGAUAUUUUUUUCUUUGCUAGCUGGAUUACUGUUUCUAGUUAUUGGGCGGCAUAUACAGAUACAUCACUAAUCAAAUCAUUGCCACCAGCAUUUUCUUGAGAGAUUUUAGAACAGAGCAUUUCUUUUUCAUUUUGUUUUGGUGAUCCCAGCAUAGAAUUAGUUGUUGAGCUGGUAUUUGAAUUUUGCUUUUACAUUUUACUUGUGAUUUCCUCUAAUAGGAAGGUCCUAGAAUAUUUCCA